CCAUGGGAUCAUUGGUUCAACGUAUUCUCUUUCUACUUAUACACAAACGGCAAAUUAUGCGUUCUUCUGGUAAAACACUCCAGAAAUUUACAGCGAUCUUGAGGGAAAUACACCCAGAUGUUUUAAAAGGUCAAUGAGGGGAGGAGGGACGGAACGGAGCGGGACCCAUUGAAGGAAAUCUUCAAAAUAGUGAAGGGUUCUGCUUGCACUCCACACCCAGAUGUUUUUUCUUUUUCUCUCUCUUAAAUUUUUUUACGUGAAGGCAAGGAAAACAGGGCAACUCUCUCAGUCUGGGGGUGUCUCUGGCCUUUAUAAGGAGGUUCACUGAGAAAUUUUGGCAUAACCCAAUUCGAGUUUUGCUAAUUUGAACUCAUCGUGGGACUUCCCUUUCAUCUGAAAAAUCCCAGCAGUGAUUGUUUGUUAUGGAUUCUUGUAAAGUCUCAUAUUAUGUUCUUCUACUAUGCUUCGCAAUUGUCGUUGCAUCUGUAAGUAAAUUCUUUGCCAUUGGGGAUGAUACCAUCCAGCCUGUCCGGCUAGUUGUAAAUGCUUCAGAAGCAUCAGCCCGACAGAUUCCUGAUACACUUUUUGGAAUAUUUUUUGAGGAAAUUAAUCAUGCAGGUGCUGGUGGAAUAUGGGCAGAGCUUGUGAGCAACAGAGGAUUUGAAGCUGGGGGUCCAAAUACUCCAUCUAAUAUUAAUCCUUGGUCAAUCAUUGGAGAUGAAUCAACUAUAAUCGUAUCAACAGAUCGCUCAUCCUGCUUUGACCGGAAUAAGGUUGCCCUCCGUAUGGAGGUGUUGUGUGGCAGUGAAUCUGGAGCUGCCAAUAUCUGUCCAACAGGAGGAGUUGGUAUCUACAACCCUGGAUUCUGGGGCAUGAAUAUUGAACAAGGGAAGGCAUACAAAGUGACUCUUUUCGUUCGAUCCUUGGGACCAAUUAAUGUGUCUGUUUCGUUGACCGAUUCGAGUGGCCUGAAAAAGUUGGCAACUGCAUUUAUCAUAUCUUCUGAUGUGUCGAACUGGACAAAGAUGGAGGUUCAACUGAAUGCCUCUGAAACUAAUCACAAUGCACGGCUUCAGUUGACAACUUCGAGAAAAGGGGUAAUAUGGUUUGAUCAAGUCUCCGCCAUGCCUCUGGAAACAUAUAAGGGACAUGGUUUUCGGAAUGAUCUAGUACAAAUGAUGGCUGAUUUGGAACCCCGGUUUAUUAGAUUUCCAGGUGGAUGCUUCGUCGAAGGUGAAUGGUUAAGAAAUGCAUUUCGGUGGAAAGAAACGGUUGGACCAUGGGAACAGAGACCUGGACACUUUGGUGAUGUUUGGAUGUACUGGACUGACGAUGGACUUGGCUAUUUCGAAUUUCUCCAACUGGCAGAAGAUCUUGGUGCUUCACCAGUCUGGGUGUUCAAUAAUGGAAUCAGCCACCAAGAUCAGGUAGAUACUUCCGAUAUCUUACCUUUUGUGCAGGAAGCCCUUGAUAGUAUUGAGUUUGCAAGAGGAGAUCCUAAUUCUACUUGGGGUUCUGUUCGGGCAUCAAUGGGACAUCCAGAUCCUUUUGACUUAAAGUAUGUUGCACUUGGAAAUGAGGACUGUGGCAAAAAGAACUACCGAGGAAACUAUGUCAAGAUCUACAAUGCGAUAAAACGUGUCUAUCCUGACAUCAAAAUAAUUUCGAACUGUGAUGGGUCAUCUCAGAAGUUGGACCACCCAGCUGAUUUCUAUGACUUCCAUAUAUAUACCUCCGCCAACCAAAUGUUUUCGAUGGCUCAUAAGUUUGAUAAAACAUCCCGUAGUGGUCCAAAGGCUUUUGUGAGUGAGUAUGCUGUGACGGGAAGAGAUGCUGGCACAGGCAGUCUCCUUGCAGCCCUAGGUGAAGCUGGAUUUCUCAUUGGGCUUGAGAAGAACAGUGAUAUUGUUGAAAUGGCAAGCUACGCACCACUUUUUGUGAAUACUAAUGACAGAAGGUGGAAUCCAGAUGCUAUUGUCUUCAACUCGUCGCACCUGUACGGAACACCUAGCUACUGGGUGCAACGUUUCUUCACAAUGUCAAGUGGAGCAACUCUUCUUAAUACGACGCUUGAUGAUAAUUCUGCUGGUUCCCUAAUUGCAUCCUCCAUUAUAUGGAAAAAUCCUGAAGAUAGCAAUUACUACCUUAGAAUAAAGAUUGUUAACUUCGGAAGCAACAAUGUAAAUCUUAAGAUAUCUGUAAAUAGUUUGAAUACAUACUCCAUUCAGAAAUCUGGGUCAGUUCAGACUGUACUUACAUCCGGUAAUUUAAUGGAUGAGAACUCCUUGAAUGAUCCAAAUAAGGUGCUUCCCGUCGCAGCUUCACUUAACACUGCUGGCGAGAACAUGGAUGUUAUACUCUGCCCUCAUUCUGUGACUUCAUUUGACUUGUCAAUUACAUCCAACUGUCUCAAAAUGCCUGGAAGCUACCUCUCUUCAGUAUCUGCUAUCUAAAGAUGGAUAUAAAGCCGAUAAGCGAAAGUAUAUCUAGCAAUCUUUCAACAUUGGAUCAGUUGAGAGAUGUAUGUUACUAUCCUUAUGAUAUGCUCCAACUGAAAUACACAUAUAGUAUGCUCCCAUUAUGCCAGUCUCAGGGCGAGGGACCUUGUAAAUAAACAUGCUAAUUCUAAGAAUAAUAAUUACACUCUGUAAUGGUUAAUACAUCGUUUGAUAACAAUUUCAGUCUUUUGUUUCUCAUAUUGAAUUUUUAGAAAGAAAAAAGAAGGUAUAGAAUGAUGCCUUGAGGAAA